AUGAAGGCUCUGCUUCUCCCUCCACCGUCCACCACCACCACCACUCGCUCCCUCCGCCACCGCAAUUUCUAUCAUCCAUCACUCUCCACCGCCUCUUCUAAGUACUCACCUCUCCGUUCAUCUGUCACCUCGCUCUCCUUAUCCGAAGAUGAUGUAAUUACACGAGAAGACGGCGUUUCAAUCUACUCCCGUCGCCGGUACGACUUUUCCCCUCUCCUCGAAUUUCUCUCCACUUACAGCUCCGAUGACGAUGACCCUGACUACUUCGACCCACCCACGUCACUCGACCCAACCGAGUUACAACUCGCCGAGUCAUAUCGAUCAGUACCAGCUUCACUAUGGCAUUACCUUCUCAAAUCCCUAGCAACUUCCCCUUCUUCAUCAGAUUCGAUCUCAACCACGUACGCUCUCGUUGAUUGGCUCCACAGGCACAAUCUCUGCUUCUCGUAUGAAUUGUUGUACUCGGUAUUAAUCCACGCGCUUGGAAGCUCCGAGAAGGUAUACGAAGCUUUUUUACUCUCUCAGAAACAAACCCUAACUCCCUUAACUUAUAACGUCCUCAUUGGAGCGUGUGCUCGUAACGAUGACUUGGAGAAAGCCGUUAUCCUGAUGAACAAGAUGCGCGGGGAGGGUUACCAAUCGGAUUUUGUGAAUUACAGUUUAAUCAUUCAAUCACUGGUUCGUAAUAACAAAAUUGAUUCGGGAUUGUUGGAGAAGUUAUAUGAUGAAAUAGUAUCAGAUGCUCUUGAGCUAGAUGUGCAAUUAUUGAAUGAUAUAGUUCUAGGGUUUACAAAAUCAGGUAAUGUUGACAGAGCUAUGCAUUUUCUGGGUGUGAUUCAAGGGAAUGGAUUGAGUCCCAAAACUUCGACUGUGGUUUCCAUUAUUUCGGAGCUGGGAAAUUUGGGGAGAGCUGAGGAGGCCGAAGCUGUUUUUGAAGAGAUCAAGGAAGGCGGAUUGAGACCUAGAACUAGAGCUUACAAUGCUGUGCUAAAGGGGUAUGUCAACAGUGGUUGUUUGAGAGAUGCAGAGUGGAUAGUGAAUGAAAUGGAACGAAACGAGGUUUUCCCUGAUGAGCAUACGUAUAGCCUUUUGAUCGAUGCGUAUGGGAAUGCGGGAAGGUGGGAGAGUGCGAGAAUUGUGUUGAAAGAGAUGGAAGCAAACAACGUGAAGCCGAAUUCGUAUGUUUUCAGUAGGAUUUUGGUGAGUUAUCGUGAUAGAGGUGAGUGGCAAAGAUUGUUUCAAGUUCUGAAGGAGAUGCAGAAGUGUGGGGUGAAACCAGACAGACAGUUCUACAAUGUUAUGAUCGAUACAUUUGGGAAGUAUAAUUGUCUUGAUCAUGCAUUGGCGACAUUGGAGAGGAUGAGAGACGAAGGGAUUGAACCUGAUACGGUUACUUGGAACACACUUAUAGAUUGUCAUUGUAAAUCUGGGCAUCAUAAUAAAGCAGAGGAACUGUUCGAUGAAAUGCAGCAGAAAGGGUGUUUGCCUUGUAUAGCCACAUAUAAUAUAAUGAUCAACUCAUUUGGGGAGCAGGAGAGGUGGGAAGGAGUGCGGAGCUUAUUGAGAAAGAUGAAAAGCCAAGGUUUGCAGCCAAAUGUUAUAACGUAUACUACGCUGGUUGACAUUUAUGGGCGAUCAGGGAGGUUCAUGGAUGCGAAUGAAUGCUUGGAGGAUAUGAAAUCUGCUGGUUUGAAGCCAUCAUCAACAAUCUAUAAUGCUUUGAUUAAUGCCUAUGCUCAAAGGGGUCUAUCUGAGGAGGCACUGAACGCGUUUAGGAUCAUGAGAAGUGAUGGUUUGAAGCCUAGUAAUUUAGCUCUUAAUGCAUUAAUAAACGCUUUUUGUGAGGAUAGAAGAGAUGUUGAAGCCUUUGCAGUUUUACGAUCAAUGAAGGAAAAUGACCUGAAACCAGAUGUCGUCACGUACACUACUCUUAUGAAAACUUUAAUUCGUGUGGAGAAGUUUGACGAGGUCCCAAGUGUUUAUGAAGAAAUGAUAUUGUCUGGGUGCACGCCCGACCGGAAAGCUAGAGCUAAGUUACGUUCCGCACUCAAGUAUAUGAGACAAAGACUGAAAUCAUAGUUCCAUAUGAUUUCACAAACCCUUUGGGCAGGUGCCAACAGCCUGGUUAACGGUGGUCCAUUUUUUCUCAAUUGGGUUUGGCAUAUCAUCUUCCAUCUCAACCGUGAGCAGAAUGCUGCAACAGUUUUCAUUUUUUGGAUCCUCUUUGCACAUCAAACGUACAUAAUCUAAAUGUACUGAACACCCUUUUCUUUUUCUCUCUUUACGGACGAGCUUACGCACCAAGUUUGUUUGCUUUUGUAGGUACUUGCACAUACCACAAUGUAUCCAUCACAAAAUGCAUAUUGUAACAAGUACUGAUUGAUAAACAACCAUUUGACAUUCUUUAUUUCAUUUUGAAAUAUUUACUACUAAUUGUUAAUAUAAUUAAAUGUUUUGAAUACCAUUUUGGUAAUCAAA